AUGGCGAGCCGUUUGGACCGCCUUUUUGUUCUCCUCGAGAGCUGUCCAAACGAGACGCUGCGUGCCACUGCCGCUCGCCAACUGGGUGAACUCGCACAAAAGGCGCCCGAGGAUGUGGAUGCUAUUCUGGCACGGGUGUGUAUGUUCGCCCUUUCCUAUAACCAGAAAUCUGCUUAUCUGUCUGUGAUUUGGAGAUUGGCAGUAGUGCUCUGGUUUGCGGUUCCAAUGCUACAACUGGAAAUCACGCCGGAGACGGGUUGGGACGAGAUUCUCCUGAAAUUAGCUAUUUUGCGCAACCUACUGCACAACAAAAGUUGGAGGUCGCGAAUCGCCGCGGCGGAGGCGAUCCGUUCGAUGAUUGCUCACCUGCCACCAUGGUUGCCUACUGAAAAAGCAGUCGGUGUGGAAGAGGUGGAUGUAAAGGUCGAGGAAGGGGAGGAGAAGGCGAAAUCGACUACAUCAUCGUUCCUUUCCCUCGCUGGUCUUAAUUUGGACCUGGUGCUAGAAAAUGGCGCGCGACUGUACAGCGCGGAUCUGCGCGAAUUUGCCAAGGAUAAACCAAGCCCUUCGAAACGUGCAAAGAGAUGUAGUAGUUACACGGAUGGGAAGGCCGAAAAAGAUACUCCCACACCGUCAUCAUUGACGAAUGUUAGCGUCCUCCUGGACAGACAAGAGAUGAAUCGUCAGCUGGGUUUGGAAGGUCAGGCUGGCGCUUUCAUUUGUAACCUCUUGGAAUCCAAUCCCAGCACUUCUAUCUCCAGUCUUAUUUCGGAUGCAGAUCUAGCAGAUGGCGAUGACACGACCAGCGGUGACAGCGAGGGAAAUGACACUGCAGCCACAUCCGCUAAUGUCUUGGAGAGUGUCAAGCAGGCCUAUAAAAAAACCAAAGAGUCAAAAGCGACGGCUUUGAAGACGGAGGCGGGGUCGGUCACAAUGGCCGCAGCAUCAGCAGCAGCGGCGCAGACGGAUUGGCCGUUGAACAGCAUGUGCGUGCGUCUCCUGGCUGAUCUGUGGGACUGUCGUUGGGAGACUCGUCACGGAGCCGCUUCGGGUCUCCGUGAAUUGCUUUCCUUUCCCCAGCACACUCGUCAAGCUGGUGGCAGAAAUGGCGCCUCUGAGGAAGAGAAUCGAACUGCCAAUCGUGUUUACCUUGAAGACGUAGUUGUGCGUGUUCUCUGCACCCUUGCGCUGGACCAGUUUUCAGAUUUUGCCUGCGAUAUGGUGGUGGCCCCUGUUCGUCAGACAGCAGCACAAUUACUGGGCGUGCUCUGUCUCCACUUGGAUGUGGGACAGGUGCGACUGGUAGUGCAACACCUCCUCUGUCUCGUCUGUCUCCUUCGUCGUCAACGUCAGGAGCCAAUGAAGCGUACUCGUACGCCCAAGGUCAACUGGAUGGUGGUGCAUAGCGGGUUACUGGGACUUAAUUACCUUCUUUCUGCUCGAAGUGACCUUGCAACAGAUCUCCUGCCUUUAGUCUACGAUCCUCUGACAAACGUCCUCUUUCCACGUUACGACAACAGCAACAACGGCAGUGCCGUCAUUAAGGGAGGGGCGGAGGUGGAGGCAGGAGAGGAGGAUCUUCGCUGUGCCGCAUGCAAUGCUCUCCUCUCCCUCCCUCGCGAUCUUCUCAUUGCUCAUGCCAACGCCGUGGGCCACCGUCUGGUGCACUGUGUUUGGCGUCUACUUGAACGGGCGGCUGGAGAGCUGUCUCCUAUCACAGGACCCUUGCUGACACUUGCUUCGGGGUUGAUUGACCAUCCUACGCCCUCUCUAGUGGUGAAAAGUGAAAGUAAAAAGGAGGAUGGGGACGUGGCGGUGGUAAGCAGUGCUCACGACUCCAAGGCGGUGGAGGAGUUUGCGAGACGUGUUGUUCUGGUCCUCCACUUCGUGCAUCACUCCUCUUCUGACAUUCGUCGAACUGCCAUUCAGACCCUCGAUUCCUUGCUAUCGUUGCGUCUUCAAAAGAUUAGCCAUCAGAUGGAACCGUCUCUGUUGGAGUGUGUAUUUGAACAGCUCUUCCAUCGUGCCCUCUUCGAGCCUGACCCCAAGAACAUUCGACUCAUCAGUGAUCUUUGGCAAAGAUUGGCCGGUGCGGUGCCAGUUGGACUGCUGGCACAAGCCACUCUCAAUCGCGUGGACUUUUGGCUCUGUCAGGCCAUGCAACCCACUUCCAUGCCCUUUGCCGACACUAUGCUGCGUCUCCUAACUUCCACCACCAACCACGAGACGACUCAGACCUACUACAUCGGUGGUUAUGAGUUGGGCGCCACUAGCGAACGCGUGCGGCAAAGUUUGGCCCUGGAGACGCGCAUCACUGCCACAGUACUGCUGGCGAGUCUAAGCAGCCGGUUGUGUGAAAGCAGGCUUCCCACGAUCGUAGCACCUCCCCCCACCACUGGUACGACGGACUCUGCUUCGACGGAAGGAGGUGGGGCCGGAGACAGCGGUAUCCCCUGUGGGGAGAUGUCCAUAGGCAGCUACCUGUUAGAACACGUAGUGGGCGGCACGCAUUUGCGGGACCGUCUGGGCAUGCAGCGCUUUAUUGGCAGUCUCCUGCUCGCCGCAUGGCCUCCUGCCGCCAUCUCUAGCGCCACUGCUACCAUCGGCGGUGGUGCCAAUAGCGAGUUGCCGAGUCGGUUGAAUAGCUGUCUCACGAAUGUGGUCUACUACGAGGAGAUACUAGGCGUCUUCAAGACAAUGCACGAAGAUUGUCAUCGACUGAGGGCUCUUUGUGAGACUACAAGACUACCAAUUAAUACGGAAUCUCCAAAAGCCGGUGGAAGCGUCAUGAAUUUGGUGGAGUGCCAAACACUGUUACAGCGAGUUGGCGCUGAAUUGCCCGUGUAUAGUCCUGCUUCCACCUCCGCCGACGCCAACAUGGUUAAACUGACGAAGUUGGAGUUUGAGGAGCUGCAACGUGCACUGCAAAAGGCACAACUCUCUGUCAGUCGGUGCCUUGCUUUACAGCUUUUCUGGAGUUCGCGGGUGGAACUCUCCUUGUCGUCGGCUCUAGUGAACUUUGGUUGGGUCACACCCGGCCGUCUGACUCCUCUCAUACGUCCUUUUAUGGAUACGAUUCGUGGGACCACUGCCAAUAUCACCGUCGGACAACCUCUGAAUGACUUUGACUUGCCGCAGCCCAGUGAGAACUUGCGUCUUCAACGCCUUGCAGCAUGGAACCUUGCUCGCCUCCUUUGGAGUGAGUUUUGCCAACAGGUGUCCAGUCCGAGGUCUUCUACGCCGACGUUGGCAACUUCAAAGGCCUUGGCCAAGGUGACGCAGAACUUGACCAAAUACAUACUGCCGGAUGAAUUUGCUGAGUGGGACGCACUGGUUGUCAAGGCAAUGGAAGAUGGUGGAAGGGAGGACGUAUACUUGACGGCGUUGCUGAUAAGCCAGGCGGAGGAAAAAAUGUCCACAAAUGGAGAGAAAGAUGACUAUAGUGGUUGUGGUGGUGGCUGUAGCUCUGCUGUGGUCAGUACAAUAGGAGCUGUGUAUGCGGCAACGAGAAAGCAAUCCAUAUCACAACUUCGUCGCUGCGGCAGUUUAAUGACACUGGUUGCUCUUCUACAGACCUUCACUGCCGACGUAGACUUCGCGACAUUUAACUUGGAGGAGAUUAUGUCUCAAAGACUUCCCACACUGUGGCAAUUUCUUUGGCUCGAACCCAUCGCUAUUUUGCGCCGGAGCUGUAGAAGCUCCGGUGCAGGUGGAUUCACGGAGGAUAUCGAGUUUCUGCAUCGACAACAAGCGCUGUCCCUAUCCGAACAAAAUACCCACGAAACAGCGGCUUCGGACGUAGAAGUGCUUUGUCGAUCUCUCCAUCUCCUACCAGCAGUUCUCUUUGUUGCAUUGUCGCCUUCCACCAAUACCACCACCAACACCACCACGAUCGCAGCAACAGGACUUAUCACCACGGGCCUAGUCGCUCUGACAAUGUGUUGUCUUCGUGUGAUCUCUGUGUCGUCGUCGUAUUCGUCGUUGUUGCCACGCCUUCGCUUCACGGCAGCUCAUACCCUCGCUGUCCUUGCCGCCUCCCACUUCACCCUCACCGUCACGGUUCUCAACAGCCUCCUCCUCUGCAUCGUCUCUGCUGACACCAUAUCGGAUGGUGACAGGGUGGCUGUUCUGGCAGCUGUCUAUCACAUCAUUGAUUGUAUUCUGACUCCUCGACCCGAAAAUCAAGUCCUCCUCAGUCUCCAAGUGGUGCCCUGUGACCGGCCUCUCUCACCACAUCUUCACGGCAUGGGUUUUAGGGAGGUUGGUGGCCUUUCCAAUGCCGUUCCCGGAUCGGCACAAACACCGACACCACUGCAAUCCCUUCUAGCUUAUGUUGUGGUAAUGUUGACGUCCCUCGUUCUACCGCACUUUGCCGACACGCGGAGUGAUGUGCGUCUCCUCGCCUCCAAUGUCUUUACCAAACUCCUUGUCCUUCUGCCUCUCGAAGAGUCCGCCCCAGAUCCAGCCGGUCCUGGUCUUCCUCUGAGCCUGCGGAUUGCGCGGGAUAAGGGCCGUCACUUCGUUCAAUGCCUGCUGCGUCCGAAGGACAUUCGACUCUACGUGCCAGAUAAAAAUGUUCAUGCGGUGCUGCGACCCUAUCAGCAGGAGGGCGUGAAUUGGCUGCUCUUCCUCAAACAAUACGGUCUGAAUGGUAUCCUGGCGGAUGAUUUGGGUCUGGGCAAGACCCUGCAGACUAUCUGUGCUCUCGUGUCUCACCAUGGUCGCAGUCGUCACGACCGUUCCCACGGCCGUCGCAAGUCAGCCACGAGGGACAGAGGUGGGGGCGUCUCGUUGGUGGUCUGUCCAGCCACUCUGUGCGCCCACUGGCACUCCGAGGUGACACGUUUCGUGCCUAACUCCCGAUUGCUCGCACCCCUCGUCUAUGUGGGCAAUCUAGAUCAGAGAGCAGCACUUCAGAAGAGCAUUUUGGACCGCUGUAACCUUCUAAUUACCACCUAUGAAGUGAUUCGAAGCGACAUCGCAUUUUUUCAGGAAACGUUUUGGGAGUACUUGAUUCUCGAUGAGGGGCACAUCAUCAAAAAUGCCAAAUCGAAGAUUUCGUGCGCAGUGAAGAAGCUUCGUGCCCGCCACCGCCUCAUCCUGACAGGCACGCCGGUGCAGAAUCGGGUGGGUGAGUUGUGGUCUAUCUUUGAUUUCCUCAUGCCCGGCUUCCUCGCUCCCUCGGAGGCCGCCUUCAAUGCACGCUUCGCCCGCCCUCUCCUUGCCACACGCGAAUCGAAGGCCAGUGCGCAGCUGCAGCGAGCAGGCCAGCAGGCGCUGGAGGAGCUGCAUCGCAUCGUGAUGCCUUUCGUUCUGCGCCGCGUCAAAGAGGAGGUCCUGCAAGAUCUCCCUCCCAAAGUCAUUCAAGACUACCUCUGCAACAUGACUCCCCUUCAGACGAAACUCUACGAGACCUUUUCAAAAACACUCGAAGGACAGGAAGCGCUGAACUUGACCUUGGAACAAUCUGCCUCCACUACGUGUGACGUAAAGGGGACCAGUGGAGGUUUUCGAUCCAUAAAGUACCUCUUGGCGGUUUGCAACCAUCCUAGUCUGGCGCUUUCUCCCGAGCAUCCUCUCUAUGACUGGGCGUUGGAGCAUUGCGCCGACAAAAGUGCUGGUCUGGACGACUUUCGUCUGUCAGGGAAGUUGAUGGCACUAAGUACGGAGUUCAAGAGCCUUGUGCAUCUCCGUCUCGACGGCAGCGUCUCGUUGAGUGCGCGGGAGGCCGUGAUCUCUCGUUUCAAUGCCGAUCCUUCCAUCGACGCCCUCCUCCUAACCACCGCAGUCGGUGGACUCGGUUUGAAUCUGACGGGUGCGGAUACGGUAAUCUUCGUGGAACACGACUGGAAUCCCUGCCGCGACCUUCAGGCCAUGGAUCGGGCCCAUCGGCUUGGCCAGCGUCGCGUGGUCUCCGUCUUCCGUCUCCUCACCGCAGGUAGCAUUGAGGAGCGAAUUAUGAGUCUGCAGGCGUUCAAACGCCACCUAGCGCGCACCCUUAUUUCUCAAUCCGACAAUCGGGCGCUGGGAGAGAUGGACACCAGUCGGCUGAUUGAUAACAUGGCGGCAGCAGUGACAGUGGAAGGUGCAUCAGCGCUGUCGGACAACAGCGGCGGUGGUAGUGGGGGAAAGGGACCGAGCUGGGGCGACGUGGAGGCAGGAGAGUAUGCGGCGGAGUACGACAUGCGCGAACAUGGUGGUGAUCCUGGAAAAAUCAGUGGUGGUAAUGAUGAUUCAUCACCGUCGAUCUCUCGCAUCGUCUUCGUACACACAUGCAACGAAAGCACAGUUUAA